AUUACUAUCACCACCACCACAACAACCACCAUCAUCACCACCACCACCAGUCUAUACAUCAUCGCUUCCAUAUAUUGAUGAAGUAUUGUAUUGUCUGCAAAAAGUCGCCAAGGUUGGAUGAAAGAAACAGUCACGUGAUUGGGUUAUUUAUGUUAUAUUUGAAUAAGAUAUUUUGUAUAGACAUAGCCACUGACUACGCUUUUUAGAACCAUGUUUUCAUUUUACUGUUUUCAUCGUGUACAUCCUCUGUCUCCUUUUCCACAAGGCUUUCCUUAUAGUUAUCCUUUUUUCGCAGUUACAAACAAGGGAGGUAAAAAACUCAAGCCAUUGACCGCCAUCAAAGCGAUGUUGCGAAAUGACAGUUACCAAUGCCUAUGUCAUCCUGUCUGCCUUAGAUACCUUAAAAACAAAUGGAUGGAAUUUGGAUGGAAAGUGCACAUAGCAAAUUUUAUGUAUUAUUUCUUGUUUUUGGUUUCUCUUAACGUCUACGCGUUUGGAAUUCCUUCAUAUAAGGCGUCUGUUGACAAAGAUGAAUUACCAAAUGCAUCGAUAAAUGUUAAGGUAACGAUGCUUAUCUGUCUCAUAUCUGCUGGCGCUCAAACAUUGAAAGAAAUCGGUCAGCUAUUCGUUUAUAAAUUCAAUUAUCUUAUGGACAAAGUCAACUAUUUGGAAUGUGUUCUCUACGUAUCAACAUUCAUCUUUGCUGUACCAAGUAACGACAGUAUGUCUGUAAAGACAAGUUUUCAAUGGAAAGCCUGUUCUGUAGCGUUAUUCUGUGCUUGGAUAAAUCUUAUUACGCAUCUGAAAAAGUUUGCCUCCUACGGUAUACUUAUUCUCAUGAUGAGGAAAACUUCUUUCACACUAAUCAAGGUCAUGGGUCUUUUAAUAUUUUUCUUGGUCGCUUUUGCUGCCGCUUUUACAGUAAUAAUGAAUGAUAGACAGGGAUUUGAGACGUUUGGCGUGUCUAUCUUAACUGGAGCAACGAUGACGAUGGGAGAGUUUGAUUUUAAAGAGACAUUUCUCGGUGACCACUCUGAUUACAACACAUUUUAUCCAUUACAGUUGGUCCUCCUUGUUGGUUUUCUUGUCGUUAUGCCUAUCAUUAUUAUGAACCUUCUGCUUGCCCUUGCCAUUGAUGGUACCAACAAUAAGGUUAUGCAACACGCUAAGCAGCAGAAACACAUUCAAACGGCGGAAAUGAUAAUUGACAUGGAACGGAAGUGGUUUUUAAUUUCAUGGCGAAGUGGAAAAACACUCAUGCCUUGUUUACAGGAGAGACCAAAUAAGACAUCCAACUUUACCCUCGCAUUUUGGGAUUUUAUGUUUUACGGUCCGGAUGUUUUUACAGAUGUACUCGAUGAGAACCGGGAAGAAAUGGGAAAGAAGCAAGACAUGUCAACGUUGAUUGAAAUGGUGAAAGAACUGCAAAAUAAAAUGUUAGAGAUUCAAAACGAGUUUACAAUGGAAAGGAAUCGUAGAUCAAUCGAGUAUGUCCGAAUGAGUCAAGAUAAAGAAAGCGCUACGGCUCAAUUUCGAGGUUACAGUGAAAGCAUAGAAACCUUUAAUCCAGAGGAGACAAGAGCAACAUGAGUCAGAUUGUAAAGAGAGGCAGGAGUCUUUGCAGAAGAACAAAGAGAAUGAACCAACAAAAAGAUUCUCGCCGUUUUUUUCAGGAAUCGAAGAGGCGAUAGAGUCGUAUGAAUUCAGAAGAUCUGAUGCCAAAAUCAGGAGGAUAACAGAUAUGAAAUUAUAGCAAUUCGUAAUUUCUAAACAUAAGUACUCACGUGUAUUUUUUAUACAUGAAAAAUUUCUCAAUUCUGAAUGGUGUAGAGCAGGGCAAUUUUUAGUAAAUACCAGUGUAAAUUUGUAUUAAUAACUUGCCUGCUGAAAUACAUACGCUGAAGUUAAAAAUCAACAGAAUUAAGAAAUAUUUUCAUAUAUAUUAUUAAUAAUCAAUAGUUUCCUCAUAGUUUCUCGUGCGAUUUUGCAUAAACUUGCCAAAAAAAUUGAAUGUGGUAAUUAUUGACUGUGCAUGAGGCUGUAUGUUAGUAAAGGUAAGAAAUCAUUGAUUUAGUUUAAAACUGCCAACACUGAACCAAAAUGCAUCUUUUUUCUUUUGUUAUAGGUAGCGAACUUAUCUUAAUUUGAAAAAAUGUGCACGAUUCUAAUUCAAACGGGAGCGUAAGACUUAUAUUACGCUUUGUCGUUCAUGUGCAUUUACAUAUGAUGAUAUAAAGUAAAGAAUGUUAACAAAAUCUAUGUAGACGGUAAACAAUUGUAUCAGUUCGGAAAUUGAGUUCAAUAAUUUUACUAAUUGUGUUUUAUGACUGCACUAUCUAAAUCCCGAUCUACGAUAUUACAAUAUGUUUUAUUCAAGGUGCUCAUGCUGUAUUUGACUGCUGAUGGAAUCUUAUGUGUUUGCUUUCUUGCUAAUGUAAAAGUCCAAAAUUGUAGCAAUAUUUAACGUUUAUAACUAGUAAGAAAUAAAAUGCAUAUGAAACUAAGCAA